AUGUCUGAAGAGACUCCUAAACCAGCGCGUCGGGGAUUGGUGGAUGAGUUCGAAUAUGAUGGUGUUAUACUCUGUUACCAUGGUUUGAGAGUCGCUAGACGACUUGCUGUUGAUGGAGUCAACCCACCAAAGAGGUAUUUCCGAUGUCUGAUAUACGAGUACGACAAUGAUAAGGGGUGUGGUUUUCACAUGGAUUGGGACGAAGUAAUGUUACCCGCUUUUUCAGAGUCGGAUGAUGAAGAUAACACCAAGAAGACCGUGAAAAAAAUGAGUUAG